GCUCUCUCUCCGCAGGGCCACAGUCUGACUACUCCCCUUUCUCUCCAAUAUGGACUGGACACGGCCGAUUCCGCACUCUCUUUUCUAACGAGGCGCGACACAAACUACGCCCGUUCUGGAGCAUCACAGAUGGAAUCGAUCAUAUCUGAAGAUUUAACCCCGUGAGAUCUGGAAUAUACACGCCGUUUACCUUUUGAUGCGCUUUGAACGGUCUCUGAAACUACGGCAGCGUCCGCGUUCCCUGCGUUUCUUCUGGCUGUUGCAGCAUCCUUUUCGAACCGUUUCCGAUCCGGUUUGAUUAUCGAUUAUCGGCACGCGGUGCUGGUAUCAUGUUUCUUAGGGCCCGGAUGUUCCAAAGAUGCACUGGUUCGUUUUCUUAGGUGGUUCCUGCGAAUAUCCUUUCCUGAUCUUUAGCUCUAUAAUGGGGAUCAGGUAAUAUUAACUAAGGCGCAAAAGAAGGAAUAUCUUACGCUUUGCGUUUUUCAUUUUUUCUUCACCUUUUUCUUUGAUUUCUUUCCCCUGGGUUGCUUUUUUCCUACCCCCUCUUUUUUAACAACAUUUUUCUUCAUUCACCUUCGGAUAAAGCCGGACUACAUAUAUGGUAAAUGAAAGCAAAAACAUGUACAUACCGGAGGACACCCUUGAAAACCAUCAAGGCUCCAACUAUUCCAGUCCGUCGUUGGCUCCGGUUGCCAGUCUGAAUGAGGACGAGCGGGUGGGAGAUGGGGGCGGGGUGCUGGGUCUUGCACCUGAACACAUUCCCACCCCUGGUGCCCCCCUCAGCUGGCAGGCGGCCAUCGACGCGGCACGGCAGGCCAAGCUCAUGGGCACCACCGGAGCCCCGAUCUCCACCGUGACCUCCACGCAGCGUAAACGCCAGCAAUACACCAAACCCAAGAAACAGGCCAGCACUGCCUCCACACGUCCACCCCGAGCCCUUCUCUGCCUCACUCUUAAAAACCCCAUCCGCAGGGCGUGCAUCAAUAUUGUGGAAUGGAAACCGUUUGAAAUCAUAAUUUUGAUGACUAUUUUUGCAAACUGUGUGGCCUUAGCUGUCUACAUCCCUUUCCCUGAGGACGACUCCAACGCAACCAACUCCAACCUGGAACGGGUGGAGUAUCUCUUUCUCAUUAUUUUUACGGUGGAAGCAUUCCUGAAAGUGUUUGCGUACGGGCUGCUGUGUCACCCUAACGCAUACCUGCGGAAUGGCUGGAACCUGUUGGAUUUCAUUAUCGUGGUGGUGGGGCUCUUCAGUGCAAUAUUAGAGCAGGCCACUAAAGAUGGUGGGACUUCAAUAGGAGGCAAAGCUGCAGGUUUUGAUGUAAAAGCUUUGCGAGCCUUUAGAGUGUUGAGACCUCUGAGACUCGUGUCUGGAGUACCUAGUUUACAGGUGGUGCUGAACUCCAUCAUUAAAGCCAUGGUUCCCCUCCUGCACAUCGCUUUGCUAGUUCUGUUUGUCAUCAUCAUCUACGCCAUCAUCGGACUCGAGCUCUUCAUGGGCAAGAUGCACAGAACCUGCUUCUUCUUCAGAGAUGGACACAAAGGUUCUCUAUCUGAGGAGAAGCCGGCCCCAUGCGCUCCCAGCUCCGCCCAUGGACGACACUGCUCGCCGCCCAAUAUAACACAAUGCAUGAUGGGGUGGGAGGGGCCUAAUGAUGGAAUCACGAACUUUGAUAACUUUGCAUUUGCCAUGCUGACUGUGUUUCAAUGCAUCACAAUGGAGGGCUGGACUGAUGUCCUGUACUGGAUGCAGGACGCCAUGGGUUAUGAGCUUCCGUGGGUUUAUUUUGUCAGUCUGGUCAUCUUUGGAUCCUUUUUCGUUCUAAAUCUGGUUCUGGGUGUGUUGAGCGGAGAGUUCUCCAAAGAGCGAGAGAAGGCCAAAGCUCGUGGUGACUUCCAGAAACUCCGAGAGAAACAGCAGCUGGAGGAGGAUCUGAAGGGUUACCUUGACUGGAUCACACAGGCAGAGGACAUCGACCCUGAGAAUGACGACGAGGGACUGGAUGACGACAAGCCUAGAAAUCUGAGUAUGCCGGCCAGUGAAAAUGAGUCUGUGAACACUGAUAAUGCUCCAGCCGGAGAUAUGGAGGGAGAAACCUGUUGCACCCGCAUGGCAAAUAGGAUCUCCAAAUCCAAAUUCAGUCGUUAUUCUCGACGGUGGAAUCGGUUGUGUCGCCGCAAGUGUCGCGCAGCCGUGAAGUCGAACAUGUUUUACUGGCUGGUCAUUUUCCUGGUAUUUCUGAACACGCUAACCAUUGCCUCUGAGCACCACCAGCAACCAGAGUGGCUCACCAAUGUACAAGAUAUUGCCAAUAAGGUACUGCUGGCUCUCUUCACCGGUGAGAUGCUGCUGAAGACGUACAGCCUGGGCUUACAGGCAUAUUUCGUCUCUCUUUUCAACCGCUUCGACAGUUUUGUGGUGUGCGGUGGGAUUCUGGAGACCAUUCUGGUAGAAACGAAGAUCAUGUCACCCCUCGGCAUCUCAGUGCUGCGCUGCGUACGCCUGCUUCGCAUAUUCAAGAUCACCAGGUACUGGAACUCUCUCAGUAAUCUAGUGGCGUCUCUGCUGAACUCGGUGCGCUCGAUCGCCUCCCUGCUCCUGCUGCUCUUCCUGUUCAUCAUCAUCUUCAGUCUGCUCGGCAUGCAGCUCUUCGGCGGAAAGUUCAACUUUGACGAGACACGCCGCAGCACCUUCGAUAACUUCCCCCAGUCUCUCCUAACCGUCUUUCAGAUUUUGACGGGAGAGGAUUGGAACUCUGUGAUGUAUGAUGGCAUCAUGGCGUACGGAGGACCGUCCUUCCCUGGAAUGCUCGUCUGUAUCUACUUCAUCAUCCUCUUCAUCUGUGGAAACUACAUCCUCCUGAAUGUCUUCUUGGCCAUUGCCGUGGACAACCUGGCAGAUGCCGAGAGUCUGACAUCAGCACAGAAAGAGGAAGAGGAGGAGAAAGAGAGAAAGAAGCUGGCCAGGACGGCUAGUCCAGAGAAGCGUCAAAACUCGGCGAAACCUCCACUGGCGGAUGAGAAGAAAGAGGAGAAGAUUGAACUGAAAUCCAUCACCUCAGAUGGAGAGACGCAGACUGCCACCAAGAUCAACAUAGAUGAGUACACAGGUGAAGAGAACGAGGAGAAGAAUCCAUAUCCUGUGAACGAUUUCCCAGGAGAGGAGGAGGAGGAACCUGAGGUGCCAGUAGGACCACGUCCACGGCCGCUCUCAGACAUUCAGCUGAAAGAGAAAGCCGUUCCCAUGCCAGAGGCCAGAGCUUUCUUUAUUUUCAGCCCCAGUAACAAGUAUAAAAAACCCAAACACACCUUUAUUUUUCACAUCGGUGGAUUACAAUACGUAGUAUGUACUCAACUCCAUUUCACUCAGACCCCUUUUUCUCUCUCUCUCUCUCUCUCUCUCUCUCUCUCUCUUUGUAGGUUCAGGGUUUUGUGUCAUAAGAUUGUAAACCACAACGUUUUCACCAAUUUAAUCUUGUUUUUUAUACUGCUGAGCAGUAUUGCACUGGCAGCAGAAGAUCCAGUGAAGAAUGACUCAUUCAGGAAUCGGAUUUUAGGCUAUGCAGAUUAUGUGUUUACAGGGAUCUUCACCAUAGAGAUCAUGUUAAAGAUGACGGCGUACGGAGCGUUCGUACAUAAGGGUUCAUUUUGUCGGAAUUAUUUUAAUAUUCUGGAUCUGGUGGUGGUCAGUGUGUCUCUGAUCUCCUCUGGAAUUCAGUCAAGUGCCAUUAAUGUGGUGAAGAUUCUCAGAGUGCUGAGAGUGUUGAGGCCCCUGAGAGCAAUCAACAGGGCCAAGGGUCUCAAACAUGUGGUCCAGUGUGUGUUUGUAGCCAUCCGCACCAUCGGGAAUAUCGUCAUUGUCACCUCGCUGCUGCAGUUCAUGUUUGCCUGCAUUGGUGUGCAGCUUUUUAAGGGCAAAUUCUUCUACUGCACGGACUCCUCCAAACAAACACAGUCAGAGUGCAGGGGGUCUUACAUAUUAUACAAAGACGGGAAUGUUGGAAAGCCAGAGAAAGCUCCGCGUUCAUGGGAGAACAGCGACUUCAACUUUGAUGAUGUCCUGCAGGGCAUGAUGGCACUGUUCGCUGUAUCCACCUUCGAGGGUUGGCCGGGGCUACUCUACAGAGCCAUAGACUCCCACGCGGAGGAUAUCGGCCCGAUCUACAACUACCGCGUGGUCAUCUCUAUAUUCUUCAUCAUCUACAUUAUCAUCAUUGCCUUCUUCAUGAUGAACAUAUUCGUAGGUUUCGUCAUCGUGACGUUUCAGGAGCAGGGAGAACAAGAGUACAAAAACUGUGAGCUGGACAAGAAUCAGCGUCAGUGUGUGGAAUAUGCCCUGAAGGCCCGCCCCCUGCGCAGAUACAUCCCUAAAAACCCUUAUCAGUACAAAGUUUGGUACGUGGUGAACUCCACCUACUUCGAAUACCUGAUGUUCACCCUUAUCCUGCUCAACACCAUCUGCCUGGCCAUGCAGCAUCACGGUCAAUCUCAGUCCUUCAACAAAGCCAUGAAUAUUCUUAAUAUGUUGUUCACCGGCCUCUUCACUGUGGAAAUGAUCCUCAAACUCAUCGCCUUCAAACCCAGGCAUUAUUUUGUUGAUGCAUGGAACACGUUUGAUGCCCUUAUUGUAGUGGGUAGUGUUGUUGAUAUAGCCAUCACAGAGGUUAACCCAGCUGACCCCUCCUCCUCUCCCCCCUCCUCUGUGGUAAGACCAAUGGGCCUUCAAAACACCGAAGAUAACGCCAGGAUUUCCAUCACGUUCUUUCGGCUGUUCCGCGUCAUGAGGUUGGUGAAGCUUCUUUCCCGUGGAGAGGGCAUUAGGACGCUGCUCUGGACCUUCAUUAAAUCCUUUCAGGCUCUUCCCUAUGUCGCUUUGCUUAUCGUAAUGCUGUUCUUCAUCUACGCCGUCAUUGGGAUGCAGAUGUUUGGCAAGAUCGCCCUGAGGGACAACAGUCAGAUCAACCGAAACAACAACUUUCAGACGUUUCCUCAGGCUGUUUUGCUGCUCUUCAGGUGUGCUACAGGGGAAGCGUGGCAGGAAAUCAUGCUGGCCUGUUCUCCCAACCGUCCGUGUGAGAAGGGCUCGGAGGACGGCCAUUCAAGCGAAGACUGCGGCAGCCACUUUGCCAUCAUCUACUUUGUUAGUUUUUACAUGCUUUGCGCCUUCCUGAUCAUUAACCUGUUUGUGGCUGUCAUCAUGGACAACUUUGACUAUUUAACACGUGAUUGGUCGAUACUGGGGCCACAUCACCUGGAUGAGUUUAAGAGGAUAUGGGCGGAAUACGACCCCGAGGCCAAGGGUCGGAUCAAACAUCUGGAUGUGGUGACGUUACUGCGCAGAAUUCAGCCACCCCUCGGGUUUGGAAAACUCUGCCCGCAUAGAGUGGCGUGCAAGCGGCUUGUGUCCAUGAACAUGCCUCUCAAUAGUGACGGAACUGUGAUGUUCAACGCAACCCUUUUUGCCCUAGUGCGAACGGCUCUGCGCAUCAAAACCGAAGGUAACUUGGAGCAAGCAAACGAAGAGCUCAGGGCAAUCGUGAAAAAAAUCUGGAAGAGGACGAGCAUGAAGCUGCUGGAUCAAGUCGUGCCCCCUGCUGGAGAUGAUGAAGUAACAGUGGGGAAGUUCUAUGCCACAUUCCUUAUUCAGGAAUACUUCAGGAAAUUCAAGAAACGAAAGGAACAGGGCCUGGUAGCCAAAAUCCCCCCAAAGACUGCUCUUUCAUUGCAGGCUGGCCUGCGUACUCUACACGACAUGGGUCCUGAGAUCAGACGGGCGAUAUCGGGUGACCUGACCGUGGAGGAGGAACUAGAGAGAGCCAUAAAAGAAACCGUGUGUUCUGCGUCCGAGGAUGAUAUCUUCAGGGUAAAGCGUUCUGGUGGCCUUUUCGGCAACCACGUCAACUACUACAACCAAAGUGACGGCCACGCCUCCUUCCCACAAUCCUUCACAACCCAGCGGCCGUUGCACAUCAGCAAAUCCGGCAGCCCCGGCGAGACGGAAUCUCCCUCGCAUCAGAAGCUCGUCGACUCGACCUUCACUCCAAGCAGCUACUCUUCCUCAGGAUCCAACGCGAACAUCAACAACGCAAACAACACGGCCAUCGGACACCGGUACCCCAAACCAACCGUCAAUACGGUUGACGGACACACGGGGCCCCCCCUCACCACCGUCCCACUGCCACGGCCCACAUGGUGCUUUCCAAACAAGAGGACCUGUUUCUAUGACACGUUUAUGCGCUCUGAUUCCAGCGACAGUCGUCUCCCCAUCAUACGGCGAGAAGAAGCGUCUACCGACGAGACGUAUGAUGAGACGUUUCUAGACGAGAGAGAUCAGACCAUGCUUUCAAUUGACAUGCUGGAGUUUCAGGAUGAAGAGAGCAAGCAGUUGUCUCCCAUGGUGGAGGGCGAUGUAGGGGAGGAGAGGAGGCCGUGGCAGUCUCCACGGCGACGGGCCUUUCUCUGUCCCACUACACUGGGUCGACGGUCUUCCUUUCACUUGGAGUGUCUGAGAAAGCAUAACAGACCUGAUGUUUCUCAGAAGACUGCACUACCACUGCACCUAGUGCAUCAUCAGGCUUUGGCCGUGGCAGGCUUGAGUCCCUUGCUGAGACGAAGUCAUUCUCCGACUUUGUUCUCGCGUCUAUGCUCCACGCCCCCCGCGAGUCCAAGCAGCCGCGGCGGAGGAGGUCCGUGCUACCAGCCGGUUCCGUUUCUCCGGUUAGAGGGCAGCGGAUCCUACGAGAAACUCAACAGCAGCAUGCCGUCCGUGAACUGCAGCUCGUGGUACAGCGACAGCAACGGCAACCACAGCAGGAGCGCGCAGAGGACGCAACGACCCGUGUCGCUCACGGUUCCUCCGGUCACACGCAGAGACUCCAUAUCUCUGGCACACGGGAGCGCCGGCAGCCUCGUGGAGGCGGUGUUAAUAUCUGAAGGUUUGGGUCGCUACGCACAGGAUCCGACCUUCAUCCAGGUAGCAAAGCAGGAACUAGCAGACGCCUGCGACAUGACCAUGGAGGAGAUGGAGAACGCUGCCGAUAACAUUCUCAACGCCAACACUCCACCCAACGCCAACGGGAACCUUUUACCCUUCAUUCAGUGCAGAGACGCUGGUUCGCAGGAGUCUCGUUGCGGCCACGCGCUGGGGCUCUCUAGCGCCGCAGGGUCAGACGAGCUUCUGGGGGCGGAGUUAGACCUCUCUGAGGGGGCGGGGCUACGGAACAGCGCUCUGAUGGAGGACGAGGACAUGGAGUGCGUGACGAGUUUGUAGGGGGAACGUCAGCACGGAGGACUUCCUGUGUCUUAGCCCAACUCUCGCCGAGGACACUGCCGUCCCGCAGUCUGACCGUUUGUUGCGUGUACCUACCGUAGGGGUAUAAGGCCAUUCUGCUUAGCUGAGAGCGAGUCAGUUUUUAGUUCGUCCGUGUGUUUGCGAGAGCACGAGCGAGUAGGCGAGUGUACAUGUUUGUGUGUGUGUUUCUAAAGUGCCUCACAGUUCUCACAACCUUGAUUGCAGUAAGGAGGAAAUGAAAAAACAACCCUGACCGAACAGGGAAUCGUGGGAAAAGAUGCGCUGUUACCCAAUGAAUGGGAUACUGUAUGUCCGUCGGUGGACGCCUGGGGGCCAAAGUAGGAUUGCGCUGACCCCUAUGUGUGUUGGAAUCAACGGCCUCAUCCGGUGCGAAUGUGUGGUGCCGAGCGGGCUGUGUCGGGAAUUGUGCCGUCCAGGAGAGGUCGCUGGUUCGAGGGAUGCUCAGAAAGACCAAAUGGACAAACUGGAGAGGUGAAGCCCACUCAGAUAUAACAGCUGUCGCACUUUUCACGGGGCUGUCCAUCAUCCAUUCGUCAGGAGAAGCGUCGUCUCUAAACACCCCCAACCUUUUUUACUGGUUCAUUUUCAGUUCAAGAUUUUGCUGCUUUUUAUUUUAUGAGUUCUACCCAUAAUUCUCUGGUUGAGCUGUUUUGUUGAAACGGCUUUGAAAGACUGAACUGAACUCUCUGAAUUUCCCUCUCUCUUUUGUGUACCGUCACGGCUUUCAGGUAGCUGCUAGCUGGGAAAGGUCAUUGCAUCAGUGGCCUUUGACUUCCAGAGGCGCUUCACUGUUCUGCCGUUUUUUUCUCUUCUUCCCAGCAUUUGGUAUUUCCAUUAUCGUUUAUCUUGAAUUGCACACAGGUCGAUGCUGUUUUUUUCUAAAUUAUUAUUAUUACUAUUAUUAUUGAAGGAUGUUUAUGCCAGAUGCAGUGUUGUGACUCUAAUGCCUCUUACAGAGAAAAAGCUAUUUAUUUAUUUAUUCCUGUCAGAGGUUGCAGUGUGUUCAGGGGGAUCUCUCUCGUGUUGUUUAUCGGUAGCUCGCGAGCUGUAAAUGAGCAGUUUAACUCACCUGGACGCAGGUAGCACUGAUAGGUCACACGGUUCCAAUGCUGCUGUUGGAUUGGACGUUCUGAAACUACUGACGUUUCUUCACUGCUGAUCUCCAGAAACAUUCAGCCGAUAGCGACAGACAGUCUGCACAGGAAACAGCAGAGCUUCUGAAGGUCAGUAAAGGUGCACUUUGAGGAGAGGAAGCGUGGAGUAUUCAGGAAGCGUAGCGCAUCAUUUCAAAAACACUAAUGUAGUUCACACAGGGCUAAAUAUACUACCACGAUUAAGUCAUUACGAACGUACAAACGUCAGCAGUGUCAUGGCCGUCAUCCAUUAAUGUUAUUAAUUAUUAUUAUUAUUAUUACUGUUGUUAAGGAUCUUUUUUUCUGCUGGGUUUAUCACUGUAUCCAUGCAGUUCACACUUACACGCAGAGCUACCUUUUUAUCUAUUAUGCAAAUAAGGUGUUGAAGCGUUAGCGGUUACUCAUGUUGCUUACGUGAGAUCAAAGUCAUCCCCUAAACACAUCCAUUAAUGAGAAAUGACACUGUCGAUGUACGAAGCGACGGAAACCUGACCAAUCCGCUUCCAGGGCGUCUUUCUGUAUGUCUGGGUUACAAGUUUUCGUUACCGUUUUGCUUCAGAAAAGCAUUAUAGGAAUUUCUCUUCACAUAGAUGAAUAGAUAACGAAGUAUUUUCGUCCGCUUGACUUGUUUCUACACCGAGCGUCCUGCUGUUUCCUGGCGUUGUGUUCCAGGCCUUGGACAUUGAAAUCCUGAUUUACAUCUUGCUUUGACUGGUCACGUGCUUUCGGUUGCGAGUUUCUGAAUGCUUACAGGAGAUCUCUGCUCCGAGGACAAUGCAAUGCGUGUGAAAAAGAAAUUAGGAAAAAAUGUAGCCAGAACCCACCCGCUCUGUUCCAAAGCCCAAAGUUCCAAUGUGUCAUUGUGAGGCUGCCCCAGGCACAUUUCGAGGCCUUGGUUGUGUAUGUGUCGAGUUUAUCUGUGUUUAGUAUAUGCACAGCGGAGAACUGAGUGCGAAUGCGUAGUCGAGCGCGUUAGUAUUUGCGUUUAGUAUAUAUGCGGUACGAGUGCGUGCGUGCGUGCAUGCGUAUGUGCUUGCAUACCACAAGAUAUGCAAAAACAAUGCAAUAACUUUGACUGUACAACAGUUUCAUUCAGAACUACAGCUGUACAAAAAUCUAAGAUCCAGAGAGAAUAUAUUCACUGUUGUGUAUUAAGUUGCAGAACUUUAAAUUCAAAAAAACCUGUCAUACUUGAAAUGGGGUGAAUUUGAGUAUUGAGUAUUUUAACAAUCUUGUGCGGGUCAGUUUGGUUUGAUGUUUUUCUUCUGUUGGUUUCAAUUUCUUCUGCAUGAGGAUUUUUUGGGUGUGCAAAGCUUUCCAGUAACUUCGUUUUAUUUCGUUCUAAUGAAACAUUGAGGAAACGCCGAUGACGGGUCAGACGAAACGUGAAGGUGUACAUAGAGGUGGAGAGAAACGUCUCGUCGGUGCGAAAGUGAUUUUGCAUAUCUUGUGCUCAUCCAGCUGAAAGGUGCAUGAUACGCAAGAGCAGCUCUCUCUCUCUUUUGAUCACUGCUAUUUUCCGUUUUACCUUUUCACUCACUCACCGUUCUUCUCCUUCCUUCAGCAGACAUCACAGUGAAGCUAAAUCUUAUUACAUUCCCCCCACACACGUACAUGCCAGGUUAACAGACUUGAUUUGAUUUUGGACGGCGUGGAUUGUUGGCCAUUGACAUUUUCACUUUUUUGUGUUCGAGGCUACAAGUGAAACAUUAGAAAUCCCCUCGUUUGUGUGUCGUUUCUCAAGUCUUAUGGACAAUCUGCAUUUGCAAUGGAUAUUGAACUGAUCAGAGGUUUGAGUCUAAGCUCGUUUUUUUUCUAUCACGUGAUUUCAUUCGCAUGGAAAUGCUGGAGUCUAAAGACUGGACAGACUCUCCCUUCAUUAGCCAAUGAUUGUAUAUUUUUAUAGACUAUAGAAAAGAGUUAAAAGAAAAAAUAUAAACUCAUCUGUAUCUGCUGAAUGUCAGGGUUAAAAUGGCUACACACAACAGUGUUUGAGAAUGUAUGUAGCGACUUAUCUGUAUAGAUAGAAAUUAAAUUUACGAUAGAGAAAUAUAGAGUAAAUCAUUGGUAGUCACUGCAGUAGCUCCUUUUGAAACUCCAGUUGCAUGACGGCAGGAUGGUUGGGCAUUUAUUGAGGGAGGCGUGCAAUGAGAUUUAUCGAGGGCUUGUUCAGAGCUGCUGUUUUCAAUCGGACACAUCACGUUCCCCGCGAGCGACGGAACAGUCUGGAUAAGCCACAAGCUUUCGGUCUACAAAAUCAGCCCCCGUGUUGAAUGACACGUGCAUCAGCAGAUGAACGAUCUUUUAGGAACAGAAACACGGAGCGCUGUGUAACGCUCAGGCCUGGUACCAAAUAUCUGACUGAAUAUUUUGUUAGUUGCUCAGUGGUGUUUUCUGCCCAAAUCGUUUAAUUGUAGCUUUUUUCUCUCAGAGAAUCAGAAGUAAUUUUAUAUAUUUUAAUAUGCGAGAAAUAUUUAUGAAAUGGAAAUUUAGAUGCUUCGCAAUUGCGGUGGGAGCAGCCAAAGUCAGCGAUGGACUGCAAUUGGUCGUGAGGUGCAUUGUGUUCACCUCGUGUAGCAGCGUAAGCAAGAUUCCCUAAAAACAAAAGAUGAUUUAUUAAAAUAGACAACAACAAAAAAUACAUGAAUAGAUUAUUAGCCUUAUAAGCCUUUCGAAAUGUAAAACCCCCAGGAAACAGCCCCUGGUUUCUAAUAUUAUCGGAAACGAUCCAUUACAUCUUAGUGUCUCUUUACAGCGAUUGGUUUACUUGGAUGAACCCAGUAACGAAGAAACACGGAUGGUUUUUUACAUUAGGUAAAAUAUUUUUUGGGUUAGUUAGUUUAAGUAUUUGGUUAUGGAGUUCUGUCUGGGUUUCUGGGUUCACGUGUGCUUUUAUGGAACUUUUGCAUGUCAGAUUUGAAGGUGCGCGCUGAAGGGUUGACCUUUGACCAAGAGAAAGCCUGGACAGGUGCAAAGUUUGCCCUCUGGUUUAACCUUUGUGUAGCACAUAUCUCCAAUGUCCUCCUUUAUAUGACUGUUAAUUUGAUAUUAUAAUAAGUUAAUGUAGUGCGUAAACGAAUUUUAACGGUAAACUAAAAGCUAAGGUGGUGAUGCAAUAAUCACGAUUUGCACAUUUAAACCACAUUUAGUUCGAUACGUCAUACACAUAAUCCAAGUAAAGGAUGAAUUUAUGCAUAGAUUUUAGCUGUCGUGUAAAUAUUAAUUUCGCCCUAAGCUCAAAAUGUCAAUCUCGCCAUAGUUUCAUUUCAGCAGGUGGGACUAUAAUUUCAUGCAGAUCGGUUCAGGCUGUUUUAGUGCACCGAUGGCGCUGGAAACUGAAUUAGGGCCUAAUGAAUGCAAAGGUAUUUCCGAGUGGCAUUUCCCUGCCUCCAGUUCCACCCAGCGAAUGUAGCACUAGAGAGAGAAAAUGGGAGGAACGGUAAAGUUUUGGAGGAGGAGGAGCUCAAAAGAGUAUUAAUUGCACAAAUUUCCAUGAAUGAAUGAAGUGAACGUAGUUUGAACUUAUUCUUUAUCACAUCCUGAUUUCAUUCUGCAGAGAAGGACGUAAUGUUUGAUCAGGUCUGGUUGGCCGCAAGAAGCUCUGGGCUUGAUUUGUUGGCUCUGGUUGUUUCUCUAAUGGGUGGCAGGACUGAGGGAUUCUAUUCCCUGAAAGCACCACCACGUUACGCUAUUUUCCUUGCCGAAUUAGUUCACAACAGGGGCAGUCUUGGAACAGAUCGUGCUUUUGGUAGAUGUUAAAGGCAUCAGUGCUGGUCAUUUGGGUCUCUCGUGGAACACAGAGGUCAGUCAUUCACAUUUUGGACCACCGACUUUAGAGCCCGGGUGUUAUUAAACCUCUGUGAGACGUCUGCAUGGUCUGUCAUUCCCUCUUCUACUUUCGCCGAUACUCUUUUGUUUCAUUUCAUCGUUCUUUCAUUUGUUCAUUUCGAUUUGAAAAAGAAU